AGCAAAGUGGCGCUGUGCUCCAAAAUUCCUGGGCAGCUGAACACGAAAUCCCUCCCCAGAACCGUGGAACGUCAGGCGGUUAGGCCAAUCAGUGGUGCAAAGGACACCAUAAUGCCUGGAAAAGCUUCCACAAGCGCCAGCAUCCAGGCGGGCUGCCAGGAUGCAGUCCAGGACUUCUUCAAGCGCCUCACCACCGAUGAAAAAUCCCUAUUCCAGGCGACAGACAAAUCCGAGCAAUUAAUCAAAGACCUCGUCGAGAUCGACGAGAAGCACAAGGCUUCUGUGUCCAGAAAGAUCGUGCCAAAUCUUCAGUCCUUUGUGACUGGGAUCGACCGGUAUGGCGGAGCCAUGGAUGUGAUUGCGGGGAGUGUGGAACUGAUGUCGCCGAUUUGGGCCUGUUGUCGCGUUGUACUCACGGUUGCCAAAGAGUACAGCGAGUACUUUGACAAAUUGUCCGAAAUGUUCGAGGAAAUCGGAUACAACCUGACCCGUCUGCGUCGGUAUCCUCGCCUUUAUCCAGACAACGAUAUUCUCAAGGAAUCCAUGGUCGACAUCUUCCAGGCGAUCGUCGAGUUCUGCACCAAGGCGCGAGAGGUCUUCCAGCAGGGCAGGACCCAGCACAGCACGCCCCGGGUCUUCAAUUCGGUCGGUCUCCGUGCAGCCUGGAAGCUGAUAUGGAAGCCCUUCAAGGUCCAGUUCGGUGGGAUUAUCGAUCGCAUCAAGGGGUCCAUGUCGCGCAUCGAGCACGAGGUUGAUCUCGCGGAAAAGGAGCUCGCCAAUGAAGGUCGUGCCAAGGCAGAGGCUGAGCGGAAACUCCAGGCUGCUCGAUGGGAUACGCUUGUUAAUCGGCAAGAGCUCGCUCAGAUGAAUCAGUGGCUGGCUCCGGUCAAUCCUGCUGUGAAUCAUAACUCGGCGACGAAACUGCGGCAGCAGGGUACGGGGACAUGGUUCGUGGACGGCGAUCCGUUUAAGAAGUGGAUUGACCAAGACAAUUCCUUUCUCUGGCUGCAUGCUAUACCCGGAGGAGGCAAGACGAUUUUGGCGUCGACAAUCAUCGACUGGAUUCGACAGCACAGGGAAAAGCCAGGCGUCGGCCUGGCGUACUUCUACUGCGACUACAAAGACAACCAAAAGCAAUCGCCGACUCGGAUUAUAAGUACAAUUCUGUCGAUGAUCGCAACCAAGAACGAAGACACUUUUCGGCGAAUAUACACCUUCUUCGAGGAGCAGCUUAGAGAGAACCCUGCAUACACGCCGGAAUUCGAUGAGCUCCUUCACAGUUUCAGUGAUUUUGUUGGAGAUUCCUUUGAUGAGCUGUAUAUAGUCGUUGACGCGCUUGAUGAGACCGAAGAUAGAGAGUGUGUGGCGUAUGCGUUCAAGAAGAUUGCGGAAACCUGCAAAUCCGCGAGGGUCCUCGUGACAAGCCGGCAUGAGAUUGAUAUCGCCAGAGCAUUCGAAGGCUUGGAGAACACGUCGAUCGAAGCGACGGACAUCGCGGGAGACAUCGAGCUGUAUAUCCGAUCGGAAGUGGGAGCAAAGAUCAAAGGCAAGAAGCUCAAGCUUAGAGACUCCAGAUUGCAAGACGUCAUCUGCGAACGACUCAUCCAGGGGGCGCACGGGAUGUUCCAAUGGGUCAAGUGCCAGAUCGAUCAGCUGUGCAAGCUGCGCAAUGAUCGUGCCAUCCGCAAUGCCCUGGACGAUCUUCCAAAGACCUUGCACGAUACGUACAUCCGAAUCCUGCGCAAGCUCGAGGCCGAAUUCGCCGACGAGGCUGACUCGGUCCAGCGCCUACUCAGAUGGCUGGUGCGCGGAACAAGGAAUCUCACUCUUGACGAGCUCGCCGAGUGCGUGAGUAUUGACCCCACCUCAGGGGAGGGCACAUUCGACUUUGACGCUGUCUUUACCGACCCCGAGGAUGUCGUUGAGCUCUGUGGGAGCCUGGUCAUUAUUUCGUCAGAAGGCACGGUGGCGCUGGCGCAUUACACGGUCAAGGAAUUUCUCGUCUCAGAUCACAUCAGGGAAGUCAUGCCGACCUUCUUUGUCGGGUGCGACGAGGUACAUGCGGAGUUGGCCUCUGUAUGCCUGACCUAUCUGUGCUACGACGACUUUUCUGGGAUACCUGAUGAGAAUGGUGAGACUCUUUUGCAGAACUAUGCCGAAUACAAGUUCCUCAAAUACGCCGUCCAGUCGUGGGGAGCCCAUGCCCAUCUCAGUGGAAAGAACGAUGCGGUAUUUGACUUGACAAUGAGGCUUCUUUCAUCCGACAAAGAUGAAGGCAACUACAGCAUGUGGCGGCGCAUCUAUAAAUUCCUCCACAAGGCGUCCGGGCAACGUGCCACGAUCCCCAGUCUUUCGCCCUUGUAUUUCGCCUCCUUGUUUGGACUUCCGGAGGCUGUGGCUUCUUUGCUCGAGGAGGACCCGGACUUGGAUCGCAUGGACGCAAUGAAGGCUGGCUCCGCAGCUGGACAUGAUGCGGUGGUCAAGGUCUUCCUGGACCAGGAGACACCGACAGAUCCGACCCUUUUGGAACAGUGUCUGUAUACAGCCUCGGCCGCUGGCCAGGACGGCGUCGUCAAGCUUCUUCUCGGUGCCGGCGUCAAUGUCAAUGAACCGAGCGGCAAGCAUGGAACGGCCCUCCAGGUCGCGGCUCUUGAAGGCCGUCAUCAUGUAGUAUCUACCCUGCUUGGAGCCGGCGCAAACAUCGAAAUGACCAAUCAACGAUAUGGUCGACCCCUGGCUGCUGCUGCGGAAAAGUGUCAUACAAACACGGUGCAAGUACUGCUCGAGCACGGCGCGAAGAUCAAUGGUCGUGGUGGCUGGUAUGGGUUUCCGCUUAUAUCUGCAAUUGUCGGCAGGAAUAUGCAGCUUGUCGAUAUGCUUAUGGAUCGCGGAGCGGACGUGAAUGCGAUGGGUGGGAGGUAUGGCUGCCCCUUAAUGGCUGCGGCUGCGAUGAACAUGCUCGAUUUGAUCCAGUCGUUAGUAGCCCGUGGGGCACGUGUCAAUGAUGAGAAUGACAAGGGCUCCGACGCCCUGUACGCUGCCUGUGUUGCGGGAAAUCUGGACGCCGUCCAGCUCCUUCUGGAUCUUGGUGCAGAUGUGAAUGCAAAGGGUGGAAAGCAUCGAAAUGCGCUCAAUGCAGCCAGUGCCAUUGGGAAGAUCGACAUCGUAAACCGUCUCCUUGCCGCAGGAGCAGACGUCGAUUUCUUCGAUGAGCACUACGGCAAUAGUAUCCAAGUGGCUGCAGCGGCCGGUCACGACGAGGUCGUUCGCGUACUCGCUGAGGCUGGAGUCGAUGUGAAUGCGCCCAGUGGAGAUCGCGGUACAGCCCUCGUGGCGGCCGCUCAAAACGGACAUACCAAGAUCGUCGAGCUUCUCUUCGAACUCGGCGUCCCUUCCGGGGAUACGUAUGAGAUGACCAACGCUCUGAUGGUUGCCGCUCGAAAGGGAUUCUCGGAGACCGUCAAGCUCCUCGUAGAUCAAGGAGCCUGCAUGGACGACGUCAGCACUCUCGCCACAUAUCCCAAGUCCAGUGCGUUGGAAGCAGCCGCGACAAAGUCCCAUCUCGACACAGUAAAGCUGCUCUUGGACCUGGGCGCUGAUGUGAACUACGAGAACGAGGGUGAAUAUGGCACUGCCCUCAUCGCGGCCAUUCUUUGUGAUAAGCCGAACUCUGAGGUCAUAACUGCUCUUCUGGACGCUGGAGCGGAUGUCAAUGCCACAGUGGACGUGGGGCCCUCGACCGGUGGGUGUGCGUUGGGUGCUGCCAUAUUCCGCGACGACUACGACCUUUGCGUUGAUCUCAUUAACCGUGGCGCGGACGUUAACGUGACCAACUUUGCAUCCUACAACUGCCUCCAGCUUGUCGCAGUUCACCAAAAGGAUCGGUUGUUGGACGUAUUAGUCGACAACGGCGCGGACGUUAACCUGGCAACCGAGGCUUCCGACGACGAAGAAGGGGACGACGGCACGGUGACUGCACUGCAGACGGCCGUUCUGUACGCAAGUAAAGAGCUGGUGGAGAGGCUGAUCAAGCUGGGCGCCGAUCUGGUGGUCGAUAUUGAAGAUGCUAGGUAUACUUCUGCUCUGCAGGUCGCUGGUGUCCGCGAUGAUCCGGAGAUUGUGCAGAUGUUGUUAGAUGCAGGCUGCGGCGUCAACGAAAGUGGAGGACUGUAUGGAACAGCUUUGCAGGCAGCGGCUCAUUUUGGCUGCAUGGAAUCGUCCCGGGUUUUGCUCGAAGCUGGCGCGGAUGUGGACGUGGCCGACGCCGGGUCCAAAGGCAGUGCGCUCAUGGCAGCGACUGUAAGGGAGCACACGGAGCUCGUCCAGCUUCUAAUACAACACAAAGCCAACGUCAAUCUCGUCGAUGAUAGCGAAAAUGCCUAUCCCCUCCAGGCGGCCGCGUUCUACGGCUACGACGAGAUUGUCGAUGCCCUCGUUGCCGCAGGCGCCGAUCCCAACCUCGUCGGCGGCACAUAUGGGACAGCACUCCAGGGCGCCGCCAAGUCCGGAGAGCUGGACAUCUCUCGCGUAUUGCUGGAAGCAGGAGCUGACCCGAACAUAGUCAGCGGGCGAUGCGGCACUGCCCUGGCUGCCGCCUAUACCCAUGGAUACUACCAAGUCAUCCACCUUCUUUACGAACACGGAGCCUCCAAUGGCCUUCAGGGAGGGGAGUUCGGUACUGCACUGGGUGCUGCUCUGAUGGGCUCGUGCCAGACUCUGGUCAUUACGCUUCUCCGAAGACACGAUGCCAAUCCCGACCUUGCUUCACGCAAGUACGGGUCUCCGCUGCAAGCAUAUAUUUGCUCACGGAGAGCUGACGAUGUGUUCGAGACUCUAUUGGAUAUCGGUUCCGAUGUUAACGCACAUGGUGGGAUGUAUGGCACACCCCUGAUUGCAGCAGCUGCGCACGGGGACGAGGAAGAGGCCACGGCGUUUCUCGAAGCGGGGGCACAGGUCAACAUGUACGGCACGUUUUACUACCCAACGGCUCUGCAUGGUGCAAUUCACAACGGGCACCUGUCGCUGGUCAAACUAUUCGUCGAACGUGGAGCAGACGUUCAUGUCAACGACUCGUACCAUGGUUCACCCCUAGAGUACGCAGCGAGCCAGGCCGAGCUGCCGAUUCUCCGCUAUCUUCUGAAACAUGGCGCCGAUAUCAAGGCUCAGAGUCAAGGGAGAUACCACAGCGUCCUGCAAGCAGCGGCUAUUAGUGGCCACGAGACGACAAUAAGAUAUCUGGUUAAUCGGGGUGCCGAUCUUCAUGCAAAGGGCGGCAAGUACGGCUCGGCCUUGGCAGCAAGUGUCUUGAGCAGCGACCCCGAUACUGUCGAGCUUCUGCUGAAGAAAGGAGUCGAUGUGAAUACGCGCGGAGGUAUCUUUGGAAACGCACUUCAGGCAGCCGCCGCGAGGGGAUCGAUACCGUUGGUGCUUCUACUCCUCCGAUACGGCGCGGAUAUCAACGCAAAGGGGGGCAAAUACGGAACUGCCCUCCAGGCAGCCUGCGCCUACGGGGACUCCGAACUUGUCGAGCUCCUGAUUGAGCGAGGAGCGGAGGUGAAUGCUACUGGAGGUUUGUGUCGAACACCCCUCCAAGCGGCUGCACUGUUUGGUUAUGAUUAUCUGUGCGAGCCACUCAUGAAGAAUGGAGCCACCUGGAGCCUGGUUGACCGUGGCCUGCUUCACUUCACACCGGACCGACUCGAUGGUGCCGACGAGAUACUACAGACUGCUCGGGAAGCAGAAGCAAAUGGAUGGCCCGAGGAGGAGGAGUCCGAGGAUGAAUGGGAGGAUGAAGAGGAUGUGGAGGACGAGGAAUCCGAUAGCGAUUCUGAAGAAGACAUACUCACCUGGGAUGUCGAGUCUAUUCCUCAAUGCAGCGAGCGCAAUCGCCCUAUUAUCGUUGCCAAUGAAACCGAUAAACCCACAGCCAGAACCAAUAGUCUUGUGGUAAAAGAGCCUUUAGUGACCGUUACGGAGACUGCGGACUGGGCGGCUUUGGAUUGGCUUCAGGUGGAAUUUGGUGAAGACGGCGAUCUAGCCUAGACACAAUCUCGUAGUCUAUACAGAAGAAUGAGAAUUAGCCAGAACUCCUUCCUUUCGACGGCAUGGGGGCAUAAGAAACAGACCAGGCGAGACUUUGAGUACGCCAGAGAUCCAG